AUGAUAAAAGUACAAGUUGAACUGUCUUCGGUUGAUUUAUACACGACAAAAGGUGAUAAAGUAACAUCUCCAAUUGAAAUUGUCAACAACAAUGCGUACGUAGCUGUGCCACCUCAAGAAAAAUUUAUACCUGCAGCCUACAACGAGUACCUAUUGAAAGCAACGAGGUCUUGGGAGAAGCGACAAGGGAAUAUUCAAAAGUCAAAUACCACACCAGUAAAUCAAACAGUAAAUAAUCUACAAAAGGACCCUGAAAGCAAAGCAGAUAACAGCAACACUGUUGCAAAAUCUACUGUAGAAAAUGGGCAGCUUUCACAACUGAAUGAGAGUAAAACAUUAUCACAAACUGACAACAAACCAUCUCUACCAAUAUCAAGAAAAAUCAUAUCAAAUAUAACAAGAAAGACAUCUAUGAAAACUGCUAUCAAAAAUAAAGAAAUUCCACAACCAAAGAAGAAUUUAAAAGUUAACAUGGAGGAAACCAUUAACAAAGAGCCAGGAUCAAAAACAAAUCACAAUAUUCCUCUUAAAUCGAAAGGAAAAGAAAUCAAUAAAUUUAGAAAAACUAAUUCGUUGUCAAAAUAUAACACUAGGAAAAUAGAUAACAAAUCUCAAAUGUCAAAUGAAAAUCAAUACAGUUCAACUAUUACUGAUGAAAAUAACGUCACUAUAGACUAUCCAGUAAUUGAGAAUUUAAUAGAUGACGAAGAAUUAAUUAUUGUCAAACAUCCUGACUCAAUAAUUUCAGAUGCAAAACGUGGUUCGCUGUUGUCUAAACCCAUAAUCAGACUAUCUGAUAUUCCAAUACUACCAAUUUUAGAAGAAAACAAAACAAAUCUAGGAGAAAUCACAAGUGAUGUUACUAAACCCAUAGUGGCACUACCUAAUAUUCCAUUAAUACCAAUUUUAGAAGAAAAUAAAGCAAAUAAGGAAGAAACCGCAAUGGAUGUUACUAACGAUAUAUUGCUGAAUACUACUGAAAACAAUUACAAACCAAGUGAUAUAGUCUGCAAUAUACAAUAUGAUACAACUAAUAAAGAAGACCAGAAAAAUAACAUCAACCAAUACAACUCAACUUCGAUUAAUUUAGAACAAUUUGAUCCUAAUAAGAAUUCCAUAAACAGAAGCCGUUCUAAAGAAAAUCUCAUUUCUGUUAUAGAUAGAGGAGAAUUAAUUGAUUUUAGUUUAAAAAUAGAAUUGAAAAAAUGUGAUGGCACAAUUAAAACUCAGUAUAAUACUGAUAACAAACGUCAUAUUAUCGGUGAAAAGGAGUCUUGUCUAGAAGAUGUAUAUAAACAGCCUUUGGAAAACAAAUCCGAUACAGUAACAAAAGGCGAAAAUGAAAAUGAGGAAAAACUCUCGAAAAUGAUAGUCGUGCAAUGUCCCUGCUGUAAUCAUGAGGAUUUCAACGAAAUAUUACAAAAAAUCGAUAUGCCUUUAGAUCAUAACGAUAAAAUGUAUGUUGUACUCAUACCAUAUCUUGAUUACAAAAAACCAACGUUAAGGUAA